AUGCGUAUCCUAAUGGUUGGUCUUGAUGCCGCCGGCAAAACAACAAUACUUUACAAACUAAAACUUGGUGAAAUAGUAACCACUAUACCGACAAUUGGUUUCAAUGUAGAGACAGUUGAGUAUAAAAACAUUAGUUUCACUGUCUGGGAUGUCGGCGGUCAAGACAAAAUCAGACCUCUUUGGCGUCAUUACUAUCAAAAUACGCAAGGAUUGAUAUUUGUUGUGGAUUCUAGUGAUACAAAGAGGAUAGCAGAAGCAGAGAACGAAUUGGCUAAUAUGUUAAAAGAAGAUGAGCUGAAUGAUGCAGUGAUUUUGGUGUUUGCUAACAAGCAAGAUAUGCCAAAUGCUAUGACUGCAGCGGAACUAACAAAUGCUUUAAAUUUGAACAACUUGAGGAACCGACGUUGGUAUAUCCAAGCAACGUGUGCCACUCAAGGGCAAGGUCUCUACGAAGGAUUAGACUGGCUCUCAAACGAAUUGGCAAAGAAG